GAACAAAUUGUGUGGACCAUGUCGGAGACAGCCCCCACCAACGUCAAGGCUGUCGAAGGCUUCGCACCGCUAGACGUUGACACAUAUGUGACCAGUGCUAUGAGAUCGUUGAACGUCUGCAUGAAAGGUCACGGCAAGAACGUCAUCAUCCCUACCGAUCAAGAGUUUGCAAGCGCCAUACCUCAGAGCCAUAGAAAGGGUGAGGCUGCGUACCACGUCAAAGCUCACAAGGGAAGCAAGGAUGGUUACCUGUUCUUCCUCUCUGUCGGCAUCGUCUGGGCCUUCAAGAAGCCCCUGGCACUCUUCACAUUUGAGAACAUCGAGUCAAUUUCAUACACAUCUGUCUUGCAACGCACUUUUAACAUCGUCAUCACCACAAUGCCAGACCCCGCAACUGGUGAGAAGCAAGAUAUCGAGUUCUCCAUGCUAGACCAAGCAGAUUUUGCUGGCAUUGACGAAUACGUCAAGCGCCAUGAUCUCAACGAUGCAUCAAUGGCAGCCGAUCGUCGUGCGAAGAAACUCAACAUCAACCCCAAGCCGAAGACGGAAGCUACGGAUACAGAGAACGCAGGCGCGUCGGGUGCAGACGAGGAUGACGAGAUGACCGAGCUCCAGAAGGCCGAGCAGGAAUUGCAAGACCAAGAGGACGAGGAAGAAGAGGACUAUGAUCCUGGCUCUGACGGUGAGAGCGAGGGUUCCGGUUCCGACUCUGAAGACGGAGAAGGUGGCGGUGAAGGUGGUGCUGAGGACGAGGAAGAAGAGGAAGAGGAAUUUCUCGAGGAUGAAGACGAGUAG